AUGGCAGCAGCGGCAGUAGCAGUAGCAGCAAGGUAUAGGUGUGAAGGGCGGGAUGAGGCCAUCGUGUACAUCUACAUCCUUGUUACCUCAGCCAUCACCCGGGAAAAAGAGAAGGUGGUCAUGACCCUUGACGUGUGCCGGCUACUGACGUCAAUGCCGCUGGGUGGUGGCGCUGGUAGUGAUGUCAACACGGGAAUAACGCUGACCAGCAAGCAGCAGCAACAGCAGCAGCAGCAGCAGCAGGAACUGCAGCAGCAGCAGCAGCAACUGCAGCAGCAGCAGCAGCAACUGCAGCAGCAACUGCAGCAGCAGCAACUGCAGCAACAACUGCAGCAGCAGCAGCAGCAGCAGCAGCAACAACAACAACAACAGCAGCAGCAACUGCAGCAGCAGCAGCAGCAGCAACUGCAGCAGCAACUGCAGCAGCAGCAGCAGCAGCAGCAACUCAGCAGCAGCAGCAGCAGCAGCAGCAGCAACAAAUGCAGCAGCAGUAGCAGCAGCAGCAACUACAGCAGCAGCAGCAGCAGCAGCAGCAGCAGCAGUAGCAACUGCAGCAGCAGCAGCAGCAGCAGCAGCAGCAGCAACUGCGGCAGCAGCAGCAGCAACUCCAGUAGCAGCAACUGCAGCAGCAGCAACUGCGGCAGCAGCAGCAGCAGCAGCAGCAACUGCAGCAGCAGCAACUGCAGCAGCAGCAGUAGCGGCAGCAGCAGUAGCAGCAGCAACUGCAGCAGCAGCAGCAGCUGCUGCAGCAGCAGCAACUGAAGCAGUAGCAGCAGCUGCAGCAGCACCAGCAGCAGCAGCAGCAGCAACUGCAGCAGCAGCAGCAGCAGCAGCAGCAGCAAGCAGCAACUGCAGCAGCAGCAGCAGCAGCAGCAGCACCAGCAGCAGCAGCAGCAGCAACUGCAGCAGCAGCAGCAGCAGAAGCAACUGCAGCAGCAGCAACUGCACCAGCAGCAACUGCAGCAGCAGAAGCAGCAGCAGCAGCAGCAACUGCAGCAACUGCAGCAGCAGCAACUGCAGCAACUGCAGCAGCAG